AUGACAGAAGCUAUAAUGAAAAAGACUCAAAGAAACUUUCCAAAAGAAGAUUGGUACUCUUAUUGUAAAAGAAAAAAGUAUGUUGUUAGUAAAUACCCAGAUGUCCAAAGAAUUGUUAAUGAAACUUUUGAAGUUCAAACUCUUGAUGAAAAACAGAUUUCUAAAGCAUUAAAAUUCUGUUUAAAGAUAUUAGAAGAUGUUAGCAUAGAUUGUAAUAACAAUUAUGAAGAGAAAAAGAUUGUAUAUUUAGUGUCAUAUUUCUAG